AUGGCUAAUGCAACGACUUGGGAUGAUUUUAAGGAGUUGAUGCGGGAAGAGUACUAUCCUCGUGAUGAGGUUCGGAAGCUAGAGAACGAGUACUACGAUUUGAAGAUGGAAGGAUUCGAGAUCGAGGUUUACACGAAACGAUCUCAUGAACUAGCAAUUUUGUGCCCUAACCUGUCUCGACCUCCACAUCGACGAAUUGAGUUGUAUCUCAAGGGCUUAGCACCAGCUGUAAAGGGGUAUGUCACUGCUGCAAACCUUAACAAUCUACCUCAGAUCAUCCGUUUAGCACCCAAGAUCACUGACCAAGAGUGCGGCAGUGAAGGGAACUUCAAGAAGGAUUGCCCACAAUUGAACCAAAAUGCCAACAACAACAAUGGGGGUAACCGCCAGAACAACAACAAUGCUAGGAAUAAUAACAAUGGGAAUAACGGUGGGAAUGGCGCUCGCGGUAGGGCGUUCACUAUUGGGGCAGGCGAUGCAAGGAACGAUGGCAAUGUCGUGACCGAUACGUUCUCUGUUAAUGGUAUUAUUGCUUCUGUAGCAGACAUACUUUACAAGGAGAAGAUCGUGUGUGUACCACUCCUUGGCGGGGAAUCGUUAUCUGUUCAGGGUCAUCGAAGCGGUGCAACCGUCAACAUCAUUUCAUCCAUGAAAGCCCAGAAAUGUUUGCGAAAGGGCUACCCUGGUAUUCUAGCACUUGUUACUGACACCUUUUCUAAAGAGAAGAAAAUCGAAGAUCUACCAGUCGUUCGAGAGUUUCCUGAUGUUUUUCCCGAGGAACUUCCAGGCUUACCUCCGCAUCGUCAAGUGGAAUUCCAAAUUGAUCUUACACCAGGAGCAGCUCCGAUUGCUCGCGCACCAUAUCGUCUUGCACCUGGGGAGUUGCAAGAGUUGUCAAACCAACUUCAAGAACUGUUGGAUAGGGGUAGGGUUGUGCAAUGGUUCAGAACCGGACCGAACCGAACCAAACCGGAACCGAAUCGAAACCGUUAA